GGACGUUCACGCUCGCCCUGAGGACACAACAUUAGGGACCCCAACCCAACGUCAGCGAGGACGGACGACGGGCCGUGAUGUCGUUCCAAAGUCAAAAUAAAGCGCCGCUGUCCCCCAGUCUUGUGCAGAUGACACCACCAGGACCUUCUUUCCUGUUUGAGUGACGAUCGUGCCGGCCAGGCCACGUGAAACCAGGCACCCGAGGCCCGGUCCUCGUUUCUGUGCAACCUGAUAGGGCGCGCUCGUCACGUGACACCCGGGCGCCGCCCGAUCCGUCCAUGGACGACCCCGCCGUGAUCUGCGUGCGCCACGAGUGCCUGAAGGAUGUUUUCUGCUUCUCGUUACCGCAAACGUGCCCGGCGUGCGGCGAGCGUCUGGCGGGACGACGCCUGCGGGAGCCGCCGGUCGCCAUUCCCAACCCGCUCUGCGACGGACACAAGACGCCGUGCUGCCUCCUGGUUGCGCCGGCGGGCCGCAACGCCGACAGAGACUUUUCCGGAACGUGGGAACUUCACACGGGGAUCUCCAACACCUCAGGCGUGGUCUACAACUACACGGAGAGGGGCGUGGUCCGAGACCGGAACGGCUGGCGCGGCUGCGUGAGCGUCCCCCUGGUGAGACCCGACACCUUCCACCUCCUGGCUCAGUGGGAUCGCUAUCUGGAGCAGUUCUCACGUGGACCCCUGUGGGACCCCGCCCGCCGCAGCUUUGCCGAGGACUCCCACAACUGUCUGACGUUCUGCGUGGAGUUCAUCAACGGCGUGCUGGCCGCCGAGGCCCCGGGCCCGGCUCGCGUCAGCAGGGACGCCCUCGCGCGCGCCAGGAUCCUGCCCGCCGUGAGCCGAGCGUGCAAGUUCGCGGCGCUGUGCCGACACCUUCGACGGCGACAAUUCUACGUGGCCGACAGGCGGCCCGCGCCCACGACGUCGCCGAUUCGCACUCUUCACCAGGGGGAGCGGGACUUUUGAACGCGUUCCGCCGUGUCGCAGUGUGCACUCGUGUGCGUGUGGAGGGGCUCCCCCGUCCGCCAGAUGUGCAAAUAAAUCAUACCGAUGUUUGCUUUUG